AUGUCACCAACCAAGAAGCCCGACGCCUCUGUUCCAAAGCCGAAGCCUGUCAUCAAGAAGGUCAAGGUUGUCAACAAAGGUUCAGAGAUUAAGCAGAUGGCAGCCACCGUCGAAGCAGCUAGGAAAUCUGCAGCAUCCUCCUCCAAGCAGUCUUCCAUUCCUAAUCCGGUCCCGCAAAACCUUUCAGGGUCAACUCAGUAUGCACCCACUUCUGGUCGGAUACUCAUCGGAAAGAAUGCAGCCUCGAGAAUAAGAAACCCCAAUGGUAGGGUUGCAAAGACCACAGCUCCAAUCUCGCAGCCUAAAAUCUGGAAGAUCGCAACCGGGAAGAAGGAUGAAGGGUGCAAUGCUUCUUCAAAACCCAAGGAUGCGGUUGGCAAGACUGCAGCUCCAGUAUCGCAGUCCAAGGUCAAGAAGAUUGCAGUUGAGAAGAAGGGUGGAGUAAACGAUGCUUCUUCACUGCGCAAGUCUACAUUGUCUGACCUAACUACAGUUACUACAAAAAAUGCUCCAAUCUCACAGCCCAAGACCAAGAAGCUCACAAACAAUAAAAAAGAUGGAGUAGACAAUGCUUCUUCAAAGCCCAAGUCUGUGUUGCCUGGACCCGCUACGGAAGCUGCGAUAACAAAGCGAUCGAUCCCUCUGCCAAACCUUACGCUCCGGCGUAUGACCAACAAGGCACUCGAAUCCCUUAAGGAGCGUCGAUGGAUAGCGCAAACGGCGCUGGAUGGUCUCUUCCCACUGAUGAAGACCAAAGAUGCGAUUGAGAUCGCUGUUGCUGCGUUGGAACAGCAAAUCGACGAUUGCAACUCGGAUAUCCAGCAGCUGAAGAGACUUCCUCACAGCUCGCAUGCAGGUGAUAUCAAGCCCACGGACUUCAAGGAUAUUCUCGCCUUGGCUUCACUGGUGUCAUGUAACAGGACUACAGAUGAGAAUAACAAACUUGACGACAUCACUACGAAGGCCCCUAAACCAGAUAUAAAGCGGAAACAAGUCGCGGAAGAAGUCGACCAAACUCGACCGAGGGACGAGGCUUUGAAUGUCGUCGAAGGUAAUCACAAACCAAGGAUUAAACCCCCAACAACUACCAAAGAUGCCAGAAGGAACAGGUUGAGUCCAACCCUAGACGAGAAGCUAUUCGGUCCUGAUCUAGACCUAUCGGCACCGACAAGCUGUUGCACGAGCCCAUCCCAUAUUACCGACGCACGCCCUACACAGCCCAAUUCCAAAGCAGUAUCCGUGCCGAGGACCCACAAGCCCUCUAACGCACCCACCGCCUGCUCAACAGAAAACGUCAAGGCUACAGAGCCAACCAAGAACGACAAAUUACACACAGUUGACACGGACAACCAUGCACAAACACAGACAGAGAUUUCAGAGAGUACCUCAUCCUCUCCGAAAAACGAUGUUGGUGGUGGUAUUAAGCCCGGGUCACGUGCUAGCAGUGAAGGCAAAUCCCUGAGCAAGGAAAAGGGGGUCGAGGACAAGCGAAGCGAGAAGCGCAAGCACGAAUACAUUGAGGCUGAGGAUGCGCCAAACAAGAAGGUCCAUCUUUCAGGGCAGUGA